GCCUCACCUCGUUUGACCGCAGCCAACCCACCCACCAUCCUCCCCGUCCACUGUACUUGACAUCACAUCUCGACUGCACGAUCGAAUAAUCAAGCAAUGGCCGACCGUUACUCUUUCUCCCUGACGACGUUCUCGCCCAGCGGCAAGCUGGUUCAGAUCGAAUAUGCUCUGAACGCAGUCAACCAGGGUGUCACCGCCCUCGGUAUCAAAGCCACCAACGGCAUCGUCCUUGCGACCGAGAAGAAGUCAUCAUCGCCCCUUGCCGACCCUAGCUCGCUGUCCAAAAUCAGUCUCGUCACCCCCGACAUUGGUAUGGUGUACUCAGGUAUGGGACCCGACUAUAGAAUAUUGGUGGACAAGGCUCGCAAGGUCUCGCACACCGGCUACAAGCGUAUCUACAACGAAUACCCGCCUACACGGAUAUUGGUCCAGGAUGUUGCCCGUGUCAUGCAGGAGGCUACUCAGUCUGGUGGUGUCCGACCUUACGGCGUCAGCUUGCUGAUUGCUGGCUGGGAUGAGGGUAUCUUGCCCGAGGACGAGACUGAGACCAAGGAAGGCGAGGAGAAGAAGCCCACAGGCAAGACCGGCGGUACUCUGAAGGGUGGUCCCAUGCUGUACCAAGUCGACCCCUCUGGCAGUUACUUCCCGUGGAAGGCGACGGCGAUUGGCAAGAGCGCUACGUCUGCGAAGACGUUCCUGGAGAAGAGAUACACGGAGGGCCUGGAGCUUGAGGACGCCGUGCACAUUGCAUUGCUCACACUCAAGGAGACCAUUGAGGGCGAGAUGAAUGGAGAUACCAUUGAGAUUGGUAUCAUUGGACCUCCGGCGGACCACCUGCUCGGCAUCGAGGGUGUUGAGGGUGCCAAGGGCCCUCGCUUCAGAAAGCUCAGUCCUCAGGAGAUUGAGGACUAUCUUACGAACUUGUAAUUUCCGCAACGGCUAGGACGGUCUUACCUUGUAUCAUAGAACAGCAUAGAGACAUGGGGACACGGAAACUCCGAGCUCUGGACUCAAUGGAUGACCUGCAAUGACGACAUGACGAGAUACAUUGCAGUUGUGAUUGGAUAUGACUCUCGACUGGCCACAACAGUCGAGUCCUUUUUGCAAGGAAACAUGCAAGUUGCCACUGCCACUGCCAGGACCGCAGAUAUCGGUAAGUGAAUUGACUGACAUUGCGGCGUCGCUUGGUAAUUAUCGAUGGCAGAAAUCCGGAUCAGAGAGUUGAAUGGAGC